AUGUCAAGCAACUUCAAGAUUGAGCCAUUGGUCCAUCCUUCGGGAAAGACUUGCAAGUUUGGAGCCAUCGUCACUGGUCUCGACCUGAACAAGUUCACGGACGAGACGGUAGCACAGCUGCAGAAAGCCACCUGGGAGCACAAGCUUCUCAUCAUCAAAGGCCAACAUGACCUGGAACCGAAGCGUGGCUGGGAGCUGCUCCAGAAGCUCGACCCGGACUCUUGUAAGAUAGACAACACCACCUUCGCUCGCGCGUUCUACCCCAAGGAUGGUAUAGUGUACGACGGAGCGCUGAUGGAUGAUCAGGCAGCGAUCAACUAUGUCGAAGUCCCUGACGCAGGCGCCUUUGUCUUCAUUGGCAAAGGCCCCCAAGACGACCCGCGCUAUGGCAAGCCAGGCCUAAACAUGGGCGCUACCAACUUCAACCAAUACUACUGCAAGCCGCUUGCAGACGAAGAUUUCGAGGCUGGAAAGACUCGCUUCCACUGGUGGCACGUGGACGGCACCUACUGGAAAUACGAUCCCCCGACCUUCACCAUGCUCCGACCCAUCAAGUUCCCUACAGAGGGCAAGGCGACACAGACGGUGGAAUGGGCCGACGGCUCGGGUCAGAGCAUGGAAGUAAAGCCAGGACGCACGGCGUUUGUGGAUGUCGAGCAGCUGUAUGAGUCGCUGAGCGACGAGGAGAAGCAGAUGGUGGACCACAGCUGGGUUGAGUACAUGUACUGGCCGUACGAGAAGAUCAAGGGCUGCCGCGGUGCACCAAAUGGUCUGGGUGUAGCGAGCGAGGGCAGGGAGUUGCCAGACGAGGAGGUGGAGGCGCAUGAGGAGGGAAGCAAGGAGUGGCAGAAAAAGCUCCCGCUGGUAUGGGUCAAUCCCGUCACUGGCAAGAAGUCGUUCCAGUGCCAGCACAACCUCGCCCGCCGGUUAUUCAUCCGUAAGGGUCCGAACGACACUCCAAAGGUCAUAGACGACUUGGGCGAAGUCAGGAAGUUCCUUGACAGCUUUCAAGGGCGCAUGAUCAAGCCUGAGCACAUCUGGGUCGGACCUGAGGAAGAGCAAGACUUGCUUCUCUUCCAGAACUACGGACUCUUCCACACAAAGAUCGAUUACCCGGCAAGUUGGGGUGUCAGGACGGUGCACCAAGGUUGGUUGCCUGGCGGUAAGCCGCCCGCUGGACCUGUGCCGAUUCCAGAGCUUUAG